AUGAUGAAGAGAAAUGUUGUGUACAAAGGUCUAGACUGUGCAGCGGACACAAUGAACCCCAUGUACAUGCAGUAUAAAAUGUUGCUGCAGAAACAAAUCCCAUGGGCUUCACAAACAAAAUAUGCCAGGUAUACCCUUUAUUUUGGAGUUGUAGUGAUUUUUGUUGCCUUGUUGAAACAUUUGUACUAUAGGAUCAGAGACAUUAGAUUCAAACCACAAUCGACUUCAAAUGCCGCUACUUCACUCAUUGAUGUGCUUGUUUCAUAUUGUCGAUACGUUGGAUAUAAACAAACACCGAGAUACUUACAAUACUUUGCAUCCUUUCCUAAAACUAUUGGAUCUGCAAUGUUUAUGAUGUUGACUACUUUAUACUUGGCAUGUUAUUGUUUUGUUCCUCAUUUUUGGUACAGGCCGUGCAUUGGAUUUGGAUCUCCGCCAUUGGCCAUAAGAGCUGGAUUAAUGGCUACUGCGUUGAUGCCAUUUAUUUACAUUUUGUCAGGGAAAUCUAAUAUGAUAACUUUACUCACGGGAAUCAGUUAUGAAAAACUCAAUACUUAUCAUCAGUACGUGGGAGUUGCUUCCUUUGUGCUUAGUAUUGUUCAUGCGAUUCCCUUUAUUUAUCAAUUCUUGCAAGAGAGUGGUGCUGCUUAUAUGCAUGAUAGAUUCAUGGCCAAACAGAUUUACAUUAGUUCAAUUCCAUCUAUCAUCUUGUUGGGAUUGUUGUGUACCUUGUCGAAAGCAUGGUUUCGAAAACAUUGUUAUGAAGUUUUCUUACAUUUACAUUGGAUGAUGGGUGUGGCUUUUUUUGGUUGUUUGAUGUGGCACACUAAAGCUGUGUUGGGCUCAUGGGAUUACAUGUGGGGUGCAUUGGCAUUCUGGGCAACACAAUUGAUAUUUAGAAUAUUGGUCAAGACUUGCUUCAGACCAAACACCAUGUUUUUGAGAUCAAGAAGAGCUCAUUUCACCAAACUUGAUGAAAAUACAUAUGGAGUACACAUAGAGAAUGUUAAAGGGUACACAUGGAGACCAGGACAACAUGUGUUUCUUAGGUUCAAGGGGUUGAGGUUGCUCGAUAGCCAUCCAUUUUCAAUUGGAUCUACAAGCGAGCAAGGUAAGGGAAUGAAGUUUAUUGUUGUUCCUCAAACAGGGUUGACAAGAGCUCAUUUCAAGGAAUUAGAUCACCAAAUUGAGUUGAACAAGCAAGUAUACAUUGAUGGUCCUUACGGAGGAACAUUUAGAGAUGUUACAAAGUUUGAUAAAAUAGUGUUGGUUGCAUCAGGUAGUGGUGUUACAGCAACCAUUCCAUUUUUGCUGUAUGUUGCACAAUUGCACCAACAGAAGUCACCCUUGGCUGACAAUUUAAAGUGUGUCAAUUUCAUUUGGGUGGUUAGAAGAGAGCACAAUAUCGCGUGGAUUCUGGAUGAAUUGAUGAAGUGUCAAGAAACUUUAGGUAAUAAACUUCAACUUGACAUUCGUGUUUGUCAUCAUCAGGAUAAAGUUGAAGAGAUUGGAGAUAAAAAGUUGGAUUUAGAAAAGAGUGCUGAUUCUUCUAAUCAAGUGAGUUUUGCUAGGUUUCCAAUAACGUAUGGUAAGCCACAUAUUGAGGAGAUUUUAAACUCUCUAAAGACUGGGUUGUCAAGAAGAAAUAUGUUUGUUUGUUCUGGUAGUCCAUCCAUGUUGGGACAAGUAUCACAAACAGUUUCAGAAUUUCAAUCAUUGAUCUUCAAUAACGACUUGACAAACACAAAUGUUGAAGAAGUGUAUUUGCAUACCGAAAGUUUCAGCUGGUGA